CCUGCUGAUUUUGUAUUCUGUGUGUGUGUGUGUGUGUGUGUGUGUGUGAGUCUCUCUUCAGUCUAAUAAGACAUCUUGAUGUGCUCACCAAAAAGAGGAAAUUCCAUCCUUUCAUUGCAGCUCCAAAUCUCUGCUGGUGAGACGUAAAACUCGGCUGUCCAGGAUUUCGGACCAUGGGAGGUUAUCACAGGCUGGAGGUUCUGGUGGGCGUGGCCUUGUUCCUGACCACCGGUCAAUGUGAUGUGGGCUGUGGAGGCACAGACGGCCGCCCAGGAGAGGCGGGGAUCCCCGGCAGAGAUGGACGAGCCGGUGUGAAGGGAGAGAAGGGAGAGCCAGCUGUGGUGGCCAGCGGUCCGGUGGAUACGGCCGCCAUGCUGAGGCUGAAAGGGGAAACUGGGAAUCGGGGCAAGCACGGCGACAUGGGUCCUAAAGGUUACCGUGGAGAAAUAGGAAAACCGGGUCUCCCAGGAAUGCCCGGACGUCCCGGUCCUGAUGGGCAGAGCACCGACCAAGGACAACAAUCCCUUCAGCAGGCCCACAGAGCCUUCUCAGGGACGAGGACUGACUCCAGUUAUCCACGGUUUGGCAAGGUGGUGACCUACCAGAAUGCUGGGGUCAACACACACGGGGACUUCAGCGCAGCCACAGGUUACUUCACCUGCAAAAAAGCUGGUGUUUAUUACUUCACCUUCACCUCUGUUGCCAAGGUCAGCAUGUGUCUGUCUAUAGUCAAUGGGGCGACCAACAACAGGCUGGGAUUCUGUGAUUACAACAGGAACACUGAUCAGGUGCUGACUGGGGGCGUGGUCUUAGAGCUGACAGUUGGACAGAAGGUUUGGCUCGAGUCCUUCAGGGACCAGCAGAGAGACAGUGAGACUCACGACACCAAUGAAAAACUGAUCACCUUCAGCGGCUUCCUGCUCUUCUAAAAUUAAGAAUAAAGUUCAUUCAGCGCUGAAAUCAGACCGCACGUCCUGAUGAUUUUAGCGUCUAAACAAGUCUGAAUGCAGUUUUUCACAUUACGGUCGUGUGUGUGGUUUUCACGUGAAGCCACGUGUAACUCUGGAUUCGUUCACCUGAAUUGUUUCCUUUGUGCUGACUCAUGUUAACCUUUUGUAAAUGUUGACUUUGAUGUGAAUGCAACUAAAACAAAAUAAAAAAUUAUUAUUCAAUGUG